AUGAGCAAUAAUAAUGAUCUCCAAGAACAAUUGGACCUUAUCAAGAAACAAAAUGAAGCUUUAUUGGAAAAAAUAAAUUCUCUGGAUAGUACUUUUUCGUUUCCCACAACAAUAACAAGUUAUAAUAGACCUUCCACAGCGUUAAGUUUCCAAAGACCUUCCUCCACAGCGACGAGUACGCGAAGACCCUCCACGUCGUCGUCCAUAACUUCUGUUAUUACACAUAGUUUUAUACAAAAGCCAAAAAAGAAGUAUAUUUCAAAAGCUGAUAUGUUAAAUGUGUUAAAUAUUUCGAAUGAAGCUGCAAUGCGCAUAUGCGCUGAUUAUCAGCUUGAAUACAAUUAUGCCUAUAAAGACAUUCCUAAUAACAUUUUAUUCAAAAUAAUCGAAAAGUUAAAAUUAAGAACGAAAGACUUACAUAUACCGUUCGGCUUUAAUGAUUGGUUUGCGUAUGAAUUGUUAAAAAAACUUGUCCAACAUGUUCGUGAGAAUCAAGACGAGGAAGAAGAAGAAGUUAGAAAUGAGGAACAAGAAGAAAAGGAAGAAGUUAGAAAUAAGGAACAAGAAAUAGAGGAAGAGGAAGAAGUUAGAAAUAAGGAACAAGAAGAAGAGGAAAAGGAAGAAGUUAGAAAUAAAGAACAAGAAGAAGAAAAAAAGGAAGAAAUUAGAAAUAAAGAACAAGAAGAAGAGGAAGAGGAAGAAAUUAGAAAUGAAGAACAAAAAGAAGAAGAAGAGGAAGUUAGGAAUGAAGAACAAGAAGAGAAGAUUAGAACUGUAAUAAUCAGAAUUGAAGGAAACGAAGAAAUCCGAAAUAGAAAUGAAGAAAAUGAUGUUGAAGACGAAGAUCAAGGUAUAAUUAAAGUUGCCUGCCGAAACUCUACAGGCCAUUGUCGAAAUGUCGAAACUAAAACCUGUCGAAAUGCCGAAAUGCUGAAAUAG